GCCCAUGUAUAACAGCCUCCGACGUUAUGCGAAUGAUCAAUAACGGCACAUUGAUGGCUUUGACGAAUCUUUGGCCGCGUCCGACGGUACCCUGUGCUUUCCGACGACCCUCAUAAUGCAUCAGCAACCCUCGGUGGAUGGUCUACGAGGCAUUCCGACCGCCGGAGAUACGUCGCAUAUACGGGUUUCGACAGACCAGUGCGAUGAUUGGAAGCAGUGCUUUCGCGGUCGGAUUGCUUCAAUCUUGGUUAUGAAAGCAUCGGAUCACGUCAAUAUUGAUUCCGAAGGUAUUGGAUCGCCGCAAUGGACCAUUCCGACGCAGUAGUGUUGAAGAUCCUACCAACGGCCGACGUUGAAGUUACAUACAAUUACGAGGCAUUCCGACAGCUGGGUACGUCGCAUAUGCGGAUUCCGACAGUGAGAAGAGUCUCCCUCUGUCUUGUCGGCAGGUGUUGCUCGAGGAAGAGACCAACGGGUUGCGACCAGCGCGAGGAUCGGAACCAGUGUUUCCACGGUCGGAUCACUUCGAUCUUGGUUAUUAACUGGUAUCGGAUCGCUUCACUCUUGGUUGGACAGUAUCGGAUCGCCGCAAUCCGCCAUUCCGACGCGAUGGUGCCGAAGACCCCGCCAAUGGCUGACACUGAAGUUACUGACGAUCCGCAGCAGUUGGCUGCCAUUAAGCUCGGAUAA